AUGAGCGCCGCGGCGGCGUUCGCGCCAACGGAUAGCAAUGCCGCGGAUGGCCCAAAGAACGAGCUCGAGAAACUGGAGCAGCUCCUGACCGAUGUCGACGACGAGCCCGAGCUGACCAAGGAUCAGUACAUCGAUAUCCUCAAGGAGCGCCUGAAUCGCCGCAACGUGCUCAUCGACGUCAUUCGGCGCGCGUAUUACCACGACAUUAUCGUGAUCAAAGACGGGUUGCUGGCCAAAGCAGCCGGCGGGACUGACGAACGCGUCAACGCGCUGCCUUCGGUCGACCUCCGCGACACUCUCCCGCUGUUUGCUCCGUCCGAGACGUACCUCCGCGUCCAUCCGUGCGAAAAGUGCGGCGGCGUCGUGGAGUUAGUGCAUGGAGAGACGAAGGAGCUGAACGAAGCAAGGCAGCAGUGCAACCGGGCGCUCAAAGCGGAGCAGCAUACAAAGGGGAUUGUGCACCGGUUACGCGGCGAGUUGAAAGAUGCAACGGAGAUCUCGGAAGCGCUGAAUCAACGCAUUCGUGGGCUCAUGAAAGAGAACGCAUUCACACUGGAACAGCUCCAAGUCGCUCGAAAGGCUGAGCGGGACCAAAAGAGCGCGCUAGCAGAGCUGAAGUCCAAACUCCAGCACGCCACAGCAACGGCUGAAAACGUCGCCAAGCUGACGCAUCAAGUAAAGGUUCUCACGCUAGAACUUGAGCAAAGCAACACGCAGCGAGGAAUCGCUGAAACCAAGCGCGAUGACUUGCAGGACGAGUUUGAUCAGCUGCACGAAUCGUUCACGACGGAGAAGAGGGCUCGCGAGCGUUUUGAAAGCGACGCAGCAACUUUCCACGGCCAGUUGGAAGAAACCAAGUCGGAAUGUGCUGUGCUGCUGUCCGAGCUCAACUUGCUCACAGAAAAACACAAAGUUCAGCUGGAAGUAGACGAAAUCCUCCAAACCGCCCUUUCCAAAGUGAAAGAGGAAUUGGCGCACCAUGUCACGCGGUCGGAACAGAUCAAGCGACAGCUGGAAGACCAGCUCAUGUCGGAGGAGGUGGCUCGUGAAGAAGCCCAAGACAAGUUCGUCGAUGAAAAGAAGCGCAAUAAGCAGAUCCAAAGGGAUAUGGAAGCAGCCCAGCGGGAGGCCGCCGUGUACCAGGACCAGUACAACGACCUCUUGCUCAAGCGGGACGUCGAGUUGUCCGCAAACCAAGCUGCGUUCGACGCCAAGCUGAACACCGCGGAAGGCGUGCACGAUAAACUGAGGGCCCAAGUGGAGAUCCUUGGAAUGUGGGAAAAUGAAUGGCUGUCGCAGCUCCGAUCUCGUCUGUGCGACCGCGACGACGACGGCGACGAGUCCGACAAUGACGAAGACAUCGAGCCAAGGGACAAUGACGACAGCGCUCGUGACGACGAUGCUGCCAUGGAAGCAAACCUCCAGCCGGCGCCACCGCCUCCUCACCAACCAUUUUUCAAGCCGACCACGCCUGAACCCAACAGCUCCGAGUCGGUGUCGCUGCUAAAGGACAUCGAAGACGCCAAAGAGAAGAACAAGAUGCAGAAGCACCGGAUUCACGACUUGGAGAAAAUCCUGGCGUCUUCGAAACUCCAAAUUGCCGACCUGACCAUGUCGAAUCAAGUGCUUCAGAGCUCGCUGCAAGACAUCACGCUCAAGGCCACGGAGGCCAACCAAAGCGAGAGCCAAACGAUUGCCAAUUUACGAGAAACCAGAGACCAAGUCGAGUUGCUGACGAGGGACUUGCAGCGAAUGGAGCGCAAGGUAUCUGCCUUCGAAGGGUUUAUUAUACAACUCGGGUCCGAACUGUACUAUUUGGCGGAAGACCCCACGCUGUUGACGUCGGUGACUGUACCGUUGGUGCUCGACGUCCCAGACGACAAGAUAGCGUCGUCUGCGAAUCUAAAAAAUGGCGUCACCGUCGACAUGAUGGCCAAGAGACAAGCGAUUCAACAGCAGCUUUACUUGGACCAAGUCUUGAACAACUACAUCGUGGCGUACUCGGAGCGCGUGGAAAUUUGCUGCGGCAACAUCAAGCGCGCGCAAGACACGCUCUUGGAGCUGUCCCAAGACCUCAUGCUGAGCAAACGCAAAAUCGACAACCAGUCGCAACAGCUGCAGCAACUUGCCAUGGAAACGGAAGGGUUGCGGGUGAAUUUGGAGGCCGAGAAGAUCUCGACAGCCAAGCUGGACCGAGUCGUAAAAAUCACGGUCGCAGAACUCAACGAUGUCAACGAAAAGAUGCGAGGGCAGAAAAAAAUGGUGGAAGAAGUUGACAUCGAGCGCAAUAAACUCCAGGAAGAGAAGCGAAAAAUCGCGUUCAUGAUGAUGGACAAAUCCAAGACGCUAGAUCGAGAAAUCGACUUGAACGAACAACUCACGAAGAAGCUGCAUGUCAUGGAGACCGAUCUGGCGAAAACGACCGAGGCGAAGGCGAAACUGCAGGCCGAGCUCCAAGUGUUUUUGGAUGGGGUUGCGUUCCGUGAAGCAACGAACCAAGACGUUGGAGUCAUGGCCCGGCCACUCACGCGGGAUGCAGAAAUGCAGUCGGACAAGUGGAAACCCCAGGGUCUGGUGCUGCGCCAGCGAAAUAGUCCAAACAUGCUGCCACAGCGGUACGAAGGCCCUGCCAAGGUCAUGGUCGCGUGUCCGAGCUUGGAUACCCUCUUGACAGAUAAGCGGUCGAUCGACCGACCGUCCACGUCCAACCAAGCAAUGCCCCAGGCCACGCCAGCAUGGCCCCCGUCGGUUCGAUCGCAAACAGCCAACCAACCGCAGCGAAAACACAAUCGGGACGUCAAUUUGCCCCGAGUAUAAUAUCGAUAGGUUUCGUUUGUGUGGCAA